CAGCAGCAGCGGAGGAAGCGGAGGCAGCGGAGGCAGGGGUUGGAGCGGCGGCGGAGCGGCGGGGGCCGCGCCAUGGCCCAGCAGCAGAUGAGCAGCUCGCAGAAGGCGCUGAUGCUGGAGCUGAAGUCGCUGCAGGAGGAGCCGGUGGAAGGCUUCCGCAUCACCCUGGUGGACGAGUCCGACCUCUACAACUGGGAGGUGGCGAUCUUCGGGCCCCCCAACACCCUCUACGAGGGUGGCUACUUCAAGGCUCACAUUAAAUUCCCUAUUGACUAUCCGUAUUCACCACCUACCUUCAGAUUCCUGACCAAAAUGUGGCACCCCAACAUUUAUGAGAAUGGAGAUGUAUGUAUUUCAAUUCUUCACCCACCUGUAGAUGAUCCACAAAGCGGAGAGCUGCCAUCUGAGAGGUGGAACCCUACCCAAAACGUCAGGACUAUAUUACUGAGUGUAAUCUCUUUGCUUAAUGAGCCCAACACAUUCUCUCCUGCCAAUGUGGAUGCAUCAGUCAUGUUCAGAAAAUGGAGGGACAGUAAAGGAAAAGACAAGGAGUAUGCAGAAAUAAUAAGGAAACAGGUGUUGGCUACCAAAGCUGAGGCAGAGAAGGAUGGCGUGAAGGUCCCCACUACGCUGGCAGAGUACUGCAUCAAAACUAAAGUGCCUUCCAAUGACAACAGUUCGGAUUUGCUUUAUGACGACUUGUAUGACGACGACAUUGAUGAUGAAGAUGAGGAGGAGGAGGAUGCCGACUGUUACGAUGACGAUGAUUCUGGCAAUGAGGAGUCGUGACCUGCUCCCUCUGUGCCCCUGUACUGCCCUGCCAACUCAGGCCAGAAGGGAGCAGCGGUAACCUAGCAGCAGUCCAGCAAAAAAGUGUGGGGGGGGGAUCAAAAAACUUUUGUCUCCUGCUGUCUCCUGUUGUAUGGAUCUGUUUGCUCCUUUUUUAUGGACCUCUUAGAGACCCUCCACAGAAUGUCUGAAUUCUUGCAUUCUUAACCCUUUCAUCACUGUAUUACAAUUUCUUUUUGAAAAAGAAAAUCCCCUUUUCACUUCUCUACGAAACGCUCACAGCGAAAAAGGUUUGCUCGCAUUUAGGUUCUUGAAUUCAAUACAGUCUUGCAUUGAGGUGUUUAAUGUAUUUAAAGCUGGAACAAACACAUUGGAAGCUGUGUUUUUGGGAGCUCAAGUGCUGCAUUUACUGGGAAGAAAAAAAUCCACACAAAGCAAAUUGCCAAGGUUUAGCUGCUCCAUUUACAAUAAUAGCGUGUGUACAUUCGUUUAGCCUUGUGGUGGUGGCUUUUCCUUUAUAAGGUGGGGGGCGGAGAGUGUAAAGCUACUGUGUGUUGAGCUUGAUGGGAUGUUACUGAAAGGUACAGUAUUCCUUUUCAGCCUGCUCACGAUAAGAAAGAGGUGGCUUGUGGUAUGAACCCUAAAAUAAACACUUAACACUUCACGUCUGUAUAACUGAGCCCUGGAUUGCUAUUUACUCCUUGUUUCCAGAUUAAGUUAGGGUUAAAAAGAAAAUGCAGUUUAGCUAUGCUGCUUCCAGAAACCUGCAGCUGGUGCUUAUCCCCAAACUGUCUUUGGCAAGGGGAGAGGUUGAUGGCCACCUGCCCCUGUGCUCGCUUGCAGCCCUGCUUCCUGCAGCCUGAAUCCCGUGCUGGCCUUUUCCCGCUUGCUUGUGUAGAGCAAUGCUGUGCUGUUGUGGGCUCUGGGGGCAGGCAGAAGGGAAGGCUCCUGCAUGUCCCUACGAGCUGUCAGCCCAGCUUGCAGCCCUCUUGGGCAGGGGAUCCUACACACUGUCUUCUGCAGCACCCUCCUGUUCGGUCCCUCCACAUUGUGACCCCUUUGCCAUGUGCUUUUGUUUGGCUGUGGUGUAUUGGCUUGAAUUGACUUUUAGAGUGGUGUUCAGCUUCCCUCCUGCCUUCACCAGGGCUGGUGAGACCCUCCCCUCCACCUCAGCAGGGCAGACUCCCUGCUGAGAUCACCAGGCUCAAGCACAUGGUUGUGCCCUUUUUCUGCUGUGAGGUUCUCGAUGGUAAGGCACCAUCUGCAGCAUGGUGGUGGGAGCAAGCCUGGUCCUGGGUCUGCAUGCAUCCCUGGAGCAGGCUGAGGACAGCAGCUGCAGAGUGGAAUGUCUGCAGCAACGUGCAUAGGGGCAGCAAAGCUGUUUGCAGACUGCUGCAGCUGGGGAGGGCUGGAGGCUGGUGGCACCUCAACCCUGCAGUCGGCAGCGUGGCUCCAUUGCCCCAGCUGUGUGUGCCUGCAUCCCACCUGCAGCUUCCAGUGGGGCUCGGGGCCACGCUGCUGACCUGGUUGGAAAUUAGGAUACUGCAUCUUUCAGGAGCUCCCGUGUACUUUUGACCGUCUUCACUGUAUACUCUCCAGUGACUUGUAUUUUCAAGCUUGGUGUUGUAAGAUGCAUUAUCAUGAUUCUUCUGUUACCCUUUUUUUAAAGACAAAAAAAAAGAAAAAAAAGGAAAAAAAAAAAGAAAAAAGGAAAAAACAAAAACAAAACCGACCUAUUUUGAGAGCUCCUGCGUUAACCAGAGUAAUUUCUCUUCCCACUGUCCCCUGCAGUGUCAUUGCUUGUUGACUUGCUGGUUUCCUUUUUUAGAGAUACAAACUGAGUAUGAGGUUUUUUUUGAAACUAUUUAAGAGAUUGAGGAGAAAUGUUUACCUGAGCUGUAUUCUGGUUUUUCUUAACCCCUCUCCCCAUCUCAGCCCAUGUUAGCGUUUACAUUUGCAACCACAGCCCUUUCAGAUGCAGUUUUCACCCAUUCUGAAACCAGCAGGGUACACUUAGGGUUCUUAGUAGUUUUCUUAGCUGAAAUCCCAGAUGUUUUCCUUUUUUUUUCUUCAAUAUAAUUUACCAGAGAGAAUUAACUGAUGCAUUUUUGUGUUGUCUUCCCCUUCAGUAGUUAUAUUUUGUCUUUUCUGCACAUCUGUCUACUAAUAAAAAAUGUGAAAUGAAAA